AGCAUUCUAAAUGCAAUGGCAGCAAAUUUUCAGAGUAAUCUUAAUUUCAGAAUACAGUUACCAGUUAAUGCCACUUUGGCCAAUGUUUCUGAUGAAAAUUUUAUGCGGAAUUAUAUGGAAGCAGUAACUCACACUGCAUCUACUACAUUUUUAGUUGGGAUUAUUCAGCUACUUUUGGCCCUCAUUGGCUUGGGAUUUGUCACAACAUAUGUUUCAGAGAGUCUCAUGAAUGCUUACCUUACAGCAGCAGCAUUACAUGUGAUUAUAUCACAGUUCUCUUUCAUCUUUGGAAUUGUAAUUGAUUUUCAUUCAGGCCCAUUGUCAUUUUUUUAUAAUUUGGUAUACUACUGCAUGGGUCUCCCUAAAGCAAAUUCCACCAGUAUCUUGCUGUUUUUGCUUUCGUUACUAUUGCUGAGGGUCAGCAAAUGCAUUAAAAUAACUUAUAAACACUAUCCUGUUGAGUUUCCAAUGGAGCUUUUUUUGAUUAUUGUAUUUACAAUGCUUUCUACCCAAACUCGUCUACAUGCUGAAUCUAGUCAGGGAGUUUUUACAAUGACUCCCCACAAGUUUUUGAAUCCUACAUUACCUGAUUUCUCAAAACUGGACAAAAUUAUAUUACAUGCUUCAUCUCUGGCAAUAGUAAGCUAUUUCCUCCUCAUUUUUGUGGGAAAGAAGUAUGCAAGUAUUCACAACUAUCACAUCAGACAUACUCAGCUUGCAGCUCUGAUUGGAAUUUCCUUAAUGCUGGUGACAGGAUUAAAAUUGGGAUAUUACUUGCAGUCCCUUCCAAAUGCUGUUUUGGCUGCUAUUGUACUCGUCAACAUGUUCCCAUUUCUUGAAAAAAUUUUGGACAUCCCUUACCUGUGGGAACAAGAUAAAUAUGAUUUUGGAAUUUGGAUUGUGACCUUUCUAGCUGUCCUUUGCCUUGGUCUGGAUAUUGGGUUAGGAAUUUCUUUGGGAUUUGCCUUUUUUAUAAUAAGUGUCAGAUCUCACAGAAUGAAGAUGGUGAUGUUGGGUCAGAUUCCAAAUACCAAUAUUUAUCGCAGUUUCUCUGACUACAGUGAGGCCAUAGAAAUUCAGGGUGUGAAAAUAUUCCAGUGCUGUGCUUCUAUCUCAUUUGCAAACAUGAAACAUUUCAAAAAGUACAUUUUGAAAAAGAUGAAUAUGAAGGCAGUGCCUCUGGAUGAAAAUGAGAUGCGAGCCUUGAUCUCAGUCAGUAUGUCCAGUGUUAAAGGACAGAGCAAUGACUUAAACUGCGCCUGUAUUUGUGACCCACCUGAGCCGAUACCCAGGAUACCCUAUAGAGAGAAACUUGUAAAGCGAGUUCCUAUUGCUAAUGAAACAUUCUCUGCUUCUUCUUUGGCCUUGGUACGUUGGACAAGAAACCCUUCUGAUGUACAAUACUCCGAAUCUCCACCAAGAGAAAGGCCAUAUAGCUAUGCAAAGAGGAAGGAAGAUCUGGAUAAAAUGUGGUUUUCAUCAGACCGUCGUUUAACAAGGUCUACAACUCAGUUGUAUACACUUGACUCAGAGUAUGCAAUGCAUAGGAUUCACACUAUUGUUUUAGACUUUAGCAUGGUGCACUUUGUUGAUUUACAAGCUUCUUGUUUAUUACGGGAGCUCUGUCAUGUCUUUCAGAACAUUGGAAUCUCAGUCCUGAUAGCUACUUGUCAUCCCACUGUGAUAAAAACUUUUGAAAGGCAUGAUUUCUUUGACCAAUGUGUUACUAAAGCCCGGUUCUUUCCUACUCUGCAUGAUGCAAUACUCUUUGCUGUGGAGCCAAGCCUAUUGGAAGAGAUGGUUCCAGUGGAAACCCAAAAUGCGGCUCCUGAGGACGUGAUGGCAGAAAUGCAAUUAGAUGAUGAACAGGACAUAAGAAGUUACCACUCUGGGAGAAGUAAGCGAUCGGAGAGGACUCAGCAGUCCACAGGAAUCAGAGAUGCCCCCACACCCAAAACUGUUCAAAGUGAAACCUACAUUGAGGAGCCCAUAUCUGAUCUUUUCCGCACAUUUUCUCUCCAGAGUGACCUAGAGGGUAUGUCUCAUCACCCUAUUGAAACAUCUCGCCUUGAGGACAAUGAAGAUGAUCAGGAAUGGGAAGGAAAGUGGAAUUAUUCCAGAGAUAUGUAA